AUGGAUUUUGGGGUUUCUCGAAAGGAGAAAAGGGUCUCUAGGACAACGGCGGUGUGGGAUAUGGAGGAUUUAGAGCUACGGUUUGGUGCAAAUCUUCGGUUGUCUGAUCGAGAACGUCAGGGGGUCCACAUCGGGGAGAUUGAACUUGGCAGUCAAUUUGUUGGCCUUCACAACACCCUUGUGGCAAAAGUUCUAUCCAAUCGAGUCGUUAAUAAGGAGGGUUUCUUUUCCUCCUUCUCUCGUUUGUGGAAAGGCAUUUCUGAAGUCUCGAUUAGGGAGAUUGCUGAUAAAUUAUUUCUGGUGAGAUUUGAGAAUCACAGGGACAAAGCUAGGGUUUUGGAUAUGGAGCCUUGGACAUUUCGUGAUGCCCUUGUCUUGCUUUCGGAAGUCACGGUGGGUUGUGAUAUUAGAUCUGUAGAUUUGAAGAUGGGAGUUUUCUGGGUGCAGCUUCAUGGGAUCCCUCCCUUAACCAUGACUGUUGGUGUGGCAAGAAAGAUUGGUUCGCUCCUAGGUCAGGUUGCGGAAGUGGACCAUGCAGAUGGGGAAGACUGCGUUGGGUGCUUUGCGAGGGUUCGUAUUCAAUUUGAUGUCACCCAACCCCUUAUGCGGGGUGCCUUUGUUGAGUUUCCUGAGGUUGGAUCGGUAUGGAUCAGCUUUCUCUACGAGUUUCUACCUGAAUACUGUUUUAUCUGUGGCUGCUUGGGGCAUCCAAGCCGUGUCUGUUUGGAAAAAGCUGGAGAAUGCUCUUCUCAACGCUGUGGAGUUGAGUCAUUAUAUGCCUUUGCUGGUCUUGAGGCUGUUGAAGAUAUGCGAGGCCGGCCUUUGAAAUCGGUUCUUCGUAGGGUUGCGCAAGGAAGUCCAAAUGCAGGAUCAUGGCGGCCCCGUGCGCAGCAUGCUUCGGAGAGGAGGUUAUCAUUAGCGGAAUCUAUCCGACAGCAGCGGGAACUUGACACACGUCGCACUCAGGUUCUGGCGCAAGCCUGGGAUGCAGGCCUGUUUGGUUCUGGAGGAGUACUCCAUGGGGCUCACACAGCUGCUAAUCCAGCUUCGGUACCAAUUGAGGUAGCAGAGUCGGCUGAAGAGGCUCGCACUUUUCCUGGAAAAGCUGAUCCUUUACGCCCUGGUCCACUUGCCCGGAUGAGCUGCGGUAAGCGAGGUCGAGAAGUUUUUGACUCUAGGGUCAAGAGUUGCACUGGGGUCUUUGGUGAUGAGACCCGACUUGGGGCUGAAUUUGCUGGGGAUUCUAGCAAGCGAAGAUUGCUGGUUCUUGAGGAAUCAGAACAGACUGUGGAGACCGGCCUUGACCUGUCUCCACGAUCGCCAUGA